ACUUACUAGUUCGAAAAUAAAUUCUGAAUUCGGAUCUGCAAUUUCAUAUAAUUCUACUUGUUUUCGUUGCAUACAUAAAAAAUUUAAUAUUUCAAAAUGUGGUACGAAGCUAUGCCGCCCGCCAUCAUUGUGUACAUACUGUUAAAUAUACCCGACAAGAUUUGCUCACUAUCGAAUAAAGUGUUUUUUGGUAAUGUGAGUAUCUGACUGUUUUCGAUCAUACCUGAUAACUAUAUAGUGCUCGGAUUUUAAAGCUUGGACAUUAAAUAAAAUAAAAAAGCAUACAUUUGAGUAAUGUGAAAAAAAAGCAUGACCAAAAAUGUAUUUAAAUUAUAAAAUUACUUAAAAGAAUAGUAAAAUUAUUUUAAAUUAAUUUUGUUACAUAUUUUUAAUACAAUUUGUAUUUACAUAAUUACAUAUUUCAUAUUCUAUAUUUUGUUAAAAAUAAAUUUCAAAUUUUUAAAUUAAUUAUGGUAAAACAUUUUAUUUUCAUGUAUCAGUCAUUUUUAGGAACAUCAGCACUCGAGAGCCCUAAAUAACUUUUAACACAAUGUUAUAUCUCGAUUAAAACUUAUAACAGAGCUGGCAUGAAAAUCUACAAAACCAAGUUUCUAAGCAAAAGUAAUUUCUUUUUCUUUGAUGAACGUACUUACCUGAUGUUGGCAGAUUUGUAUUUUUUAUACAAUUAAUCCAUUUUAGAACAACUUUUUCGUAAACACAUACCUUCAUUUGUUUUCUAUUGCCGAUGAGAGAAGAUUCUUGCACUUAUUUCAUUAUGUUUUCAUGAUUUCUUUCAAUAUUUUUUUUUGAACACCCAAAUUGAAUUCAUUUAAAAUUUAUUGACAAUUGAUAAAAAUUUACGUUUUGACACGUAUUUGUUCGUAUAAGAAGAAUGACAAAAAAAAAAAAAUUGAGCAUACAAAUAAAUUUUCAUCAAUAUUGGAACUGCAGUGCUGUACUUAAAUUAACCGGCCUGACAAAUAUAGUUGGUUACACCAAACCAUAUUUUAUUUUUUUAAAUUGUACAAAUCAAAAAUAACUAGUUUAUUAUUAUGUUUACUUAAGUUUCUAUUGUCCAAAGAAUUAUUACCAUAGUAUUCUAAAAAAAUAAAUUAUAUAGUACCUAUCUACUUUUGUUAUAGGUUCACCUACAAAAACAAUAUUUUAUCUUAUUUAAGUAUCAAUAUUAAUAAAUAUUUACUAUAUUUUUAAUUUGCAGAUUUAAAGUGUACCUAAGAAAUAGUAAUAACUAAUAAGACGAUAUAUAAUGCAUUGUCUUUAAUUAAUAAUUUUGAUAUUUGUACCUAAUAUAAUGAAAUUAUUUUUAGGUUUAUAAACGUGAUAUUGGUAAACCUUGGAUUCAGCAACUCUAUGCAAGAGACUGGGAAUUAACUGGUGAUCCAUACAAAGCACAAGUAAUACAUACAUAUUUUAUUUUAUUUUGACUUUCAUAGUCGUGUUAUUAAAAAAUUUACUUAUUAGGGCCUUGAAAGUUUACCGGAUAAGCCUACCAUUACUGGUAUUGACUGGAAAAUGUAUGGAAAAGGAUCACCUCACGGUUUUUAUGGUACUAAAUUAUAAUGCACAGUAUUUGAAAAUACUAUUUGUUGUACUAUAAAAUAAUAUGUUAGCAAUACAAUUUAGUACUAUUGUCAUGUAUAAUUUAUAGGUGUCCUCUUAUCAGUUGUAAAAAUCAAUUACCUUAUUACUCAUAAUCUAAUAAAUAUUAAUAUAUUGUGUAUGUGACUAAAUUAAUUGAUUUUUUUUAUUUUUUAUUUUUUCUAUUUGGCUAAAAAUUGGGAAACGUUGAUUAAGUAAAUAGCAAGACAGUGGUAUUAUACACUUGUAGAUUCUGUUCUCAGUAAUUUGUUUUAAAUGGCAAAAACACAUUUAGAAAUAAUAAUAAAUUGCAAUGCAAUAAAUAAUAAUAUGAACUUAAAACUUACAUUUAAAUUAUGCAAAUGUGAACAUAUAAUAUAAACAUCACAAAACAAAAGAAGACGAUUUCCCAACUCUACUUAUAUACUUUAAUUAUAUAACAUCAAGCAAAAAUUGAUUGGGCGGUCAAGGAUUUUAAAUAUUUUUUAAUUGUAUAAAAGUUUUGAAAAAAAAAAUUAUAAUAAUAUUCAAAUUACUUAUUACAAUUUGUAUUUUUAACUUUAUUAUCCAGUUUGUUUAUACUACAAACAAGUUGAAUAAUUGAAUAAUAUGCUGAAUAUUAAAAACCAGUACUUAUUGUAGAAAAUAAAAACAAAUAUUUGGCACAAUAUAGAUAUAGUUUUCUUAUACUGUAAUAUAAUAUUUAUCACAUACUGCUGGUCUUUGCUACAUUUAGUGACAUACACACAACAAACUGAAUUUUUAGCUAACAGCUUAUUAGGUAAAAUAAUCAAACUUUUUAUAUUUUCAAAGAAAAUUAAAAAAAAAAUAAUAAUUUCUACUGUAUAAAUUAAAAUAUAUCGCAUAUAAAUAAUAUAAUACUUCAAAUAAUAAUAUUUUAACAUAGUAAAUAAAAUGUCACUUUCAUACAAUUCAGGAUGAAUCGCUAAUGUUGUUGAACUAUUUUGAAUCAUAAUCUAAAGAAUUUCUUCGUAUUCAUCUGAUCGCAUUGAUGGUGAUGGAGAUGUCCUAGUACUUUCUGAUCUUCUAAAUAUUGAUGGAGACAUGGCUUUCUUUUUUAAACUAAAUAUUUUUAUCAUGAAAUAAUAAGGUAAAGUACUUAUCAACUUAUAUAUUAUUAUUUAUAAUUACUUAGGUAAUGUGGAAGGUUUAAAUACAUCAGUAAUUUUUCCCCUAGAUUCCUUGCUAGAAGAUACAUCAACGUUGUGAAUACUAGAACUGCUUUUAAAAGACUAAAACAAAUAAAACAUAUAGAAAAGUAAAAUGUGAACAGUUCUAUUUUAUAUUCAUACCAAAUCGCUAUCAUUAUCAAAGCUUUUUGAACUUUUGGUUAACUUUUUCAAUUUUCCGAAAAGUCCUUUCUUCUUAGUUUUUUCUCCACUUACAAUAUCACUUUUG